UCAUUACAAGCCAUCGUAAAACUAAAAAUCUUAUUUGGCACAGAUGCCUACUUUUUAUAAUUAAAUAUUUAUUUAAUUAAUUAUUUUUGGUUCGAUUUUACACUUGUAUACACAUUAUGCAGACUAACAUCAAUAUCCUCUCUUAAAUCUUAUAAAUAUUUAACUCAACAUCGUCAAACGAGAGUAACCUGUGCGCCGGCUCAUUUGUCAAAACCACGUCGUCCUUAAUUUUUUUUUACAACGAAAAAUACCAUUCACUUUUAUUUUUUUCAGCGUCGGUAGUAAUAUUAGUUACAGCCAUACCUAGACAACAAUACACUUUUUGUAAAAACCUUAUUUCUUUUCUUUUCUUGAUUUAUGUAUUGUGCAGCUGAUAGAAAAAACGACCUGAACUAAUUUGUCAUUCGUGUCGCGCCCAAUUUAUAAAUAAAUCAAGUUAUAACUGCUGUUGAACUGAGAACUAUCUAAAGUGUGAAACAAUGGCUUCUAAAAUUUAUAAAUUAAUGGUAGGCGGAGCAUCAGUUGGUGCUGGAACCUAUUUCACCACUUGGAUUUUAACUGGAGAAAAUCCAACAAAACUUCAAACAGUCCAAGCAGAAGUUAUUAAAAAAACUGGAAGAAAGAGAACAUUACCUCCCAGAAAUACACAAAUAGAAUCAUUACAAUCAGAAAAUUUUGAUGUGCUUAUAAUUGGCGGAGGUGCAACUGGUGCUGGUUGUGCUAUAGACUCUGUUACUAGAGGUUUAAAAACUGCACUUGUAGAAUUGGAUGAUUUUGCAUCUGGUACAUCUAGUCGAAGUACUAAACUAAUUCAUGGUGGAGUACGGUAUUUGCAAAAAGCUAUUUUAAAUUUAGACUAUGAACAAUACAAAAUGGUUAAAGAAGCCCUACAUGAGCGAUCUACUAUGCUUCAAACUGCUCCUCACCUAACUCAUGCUAUACCUAUUAUGUUGCCUGUUUACGAGUGGUGGAAAGUUCCUUAUUACUGGGUUGGUAUCAAAGCCUAUGAUUUUGUUGCUGGUUUCAAAAAUGUCAAGAGUUCUUACUACCUAUCUAAAAAUGAAGCUUUAGAAAUUUUUCCUAUGCUUAAAAAAAAUAAACUUGUUGGUGCAAUUGUAUACCAUGAUGGCCAACAAGAUGAUGCUAGAAUGUGUCUUGCCCUCGCACUAACAGCUACCAGAUAUGGUGCUACAGUAGCAAACCAUGUGAAAGCUAUGAGUCUUUUAAAAGAUUCUAAUGGAAAAAUAUGUGGAGCACAUCUCAGAGAUGAACUUACAGGAAAGGAGUGGGAUGUAAAAGCAAAAUGUGUCAUUAAUGCUGCUGGACCUUUUACAGAUUCUGUACGUAAAAUGGAUGACAAAAAUGUUCAACAAAUAUGUACUCCUAGCAAAGGAGUUCAUAUUGUGUUACCUGGAUAUUAUAGUCCAGAACAAAUGGGAUUACUUGAUCCUGAAACAUCUGAUGGUCGAGUUAUUUUCUUCUUACCUUGGCAAAAACAUACAUUGUCAGGAACUACAGAUAGUCCAUGUAACGUAACCUAUCAUCCAACUCCCACAGAGGAAGAAAUAUCCUUUAUCUUAAAUGAAAUAAAAAAUUAUCUUAAUUCUGAUGUUGAAGUACGGAGAGGAGAUGUUUUGAGUGCUUGGAGUGGUAUUCGUCCCCUAGUAUCAGAUCCCAACAAAGAAGAUACGCAAUCAUUAGCUCGUAACCACAUUGUACAUGUUAGUAAAUCAAACCUAGUAACAAUUGCUGGAGGUAAAUGGACUACAUACAGAUCUAUGGCCCAAGAAACAUUAGAUGCUGCUAUUAAAGCAAUUCCUGAGUUGAAUCCAACAAAACCAGAUUGCCAAACUGAUGGCCUUAAAUUGGAAGGGUCUCAUGGUUGGACUCCAACCAUGUAUAUAAGAUUGGUACAAGACUUUGGAUUAGAAUGCGAAGUUGCUCAACAUUUAGCCACUUCAUAUGGGGAUAGAGCGUUUGCUGUAGCUAAACUAGCUCAUAUUACUGGACAACGAUGGCCAAUCAUUGGUAAAAAAAUCCAUCCUGAUUUCCCUUACAUUGAUGCUGAAAUUCGUUAUGGUGUUAGAGAGUAUGCAAUGACAGCAGUGGAUAUGAUAGCUAGGCGUUUACGUUUGGCAUUUUUAAAUGUGCAAGCAUGUCAAGAAGCACUUCCAACUAUUGUAAACAUCAUGGCUGAAGAAUUAAACUGGAGUGAGGAUGAGAAACAGAAACAACUCAAAGCUGCUAGUGACUUUUUAGCUACUGAAAUGGGUAUGAGUGUAAACCGGGCUUCUCGAGAUAAAAUUCCUAUCACCUUAUCAAAAGAUGAAAUCAAGAUGUAUAUGAAAAGAUUUCAGUUACUGGAUAGUGAUCGCAAAGGCUAUGUAUCAAUCAAUGAUAUUCGUAGGAGCAUGAGGAAUGCCGGAGAAGAAGUUAGUGGAAAAGAGCUACAUGAAAUUUUAAAAGAAAUAGAUACUAACAUGAAUGGUCAGGUUGAACUUGAUGAGUAUUUACAGAUGAUGUCAGCUAUUAAAUCUGGCCAUAUAACAUAUUCUCGUUUUGCCACAAUGGCAGCAUUAGAAGAACAAGCACAUAAUACUCAAAACAAAAUAUCUGUGGAAAGAAGUGGCGGCGGUUUAUAAAGAAGAAAUAUAUAAAUAUUAUUGUGAGCAAUUUCAAUUAUUUCACUUACUUUUAUUUUAUGGUUUUUUUUUAGCGCCUGCGAACAACUGUUUAGAUUUAUUAACUUGUAUUUGUUUUAUUUAUUCUUUGUUAUCUCAUAGUUAAUAUAUGUUUAUUU